GUUAUUGUAGGGAUAUUAUAGCUUUUUUAAAAAUUAAUCAGACAUACACACACUGACAACCAGGACGCCCCAGCACACCGCUGCAGAAUGGAUCUCGCACCAAUCAGAGGUUUAUCUGAUGUGCCGUGAGCACUGGGAGCACUUUGCCCCUCCCCUGGCUUCCAGCCCUGGUGCCAUCCAGCUGGCUCACCAGGAUGGACCCUUCUCAUUCCUUUAGGAUGGAGCUGGACUCAGUGCUGUCGCUUGACCAGAUACGUGCCAUCCGGGCCAACAAUGACUAUGUGGAGAGGCCUGUGGCGCUGGAACCUGCAACACAGUCUGGAUUAUUUUUGGUCCAUGAUGACCGUUAUCCUCAUGGUGCAUACAUCCAUCACCCCCAGCCUUCCUUCCCCUCAGCUAUGUCCCGCAGCCAAAGUCAACAGCAGCACACUCAUCUUUCCCAUUUGAGCCGUUCCAGUACCAUAAGCUCUUCUAUGUCACGAACAAGUGCCACUUCAGACCAGCGGCUACUGGCAGGUUUGACACCAUCUCACUCUGGCUUAGCCUCGGCAGUCCAUUCUCAGCCUAAAGGAGAACUGAAGCCUGAUUCUUCUUUGGGUAAACGCCUAGCAGAAGGUGAGACUGAACUCAGUCGCCAUCAGUUCAUCUGCGAGAGUUGUGGUCGCUGUAAAUGCCAAGAGUGCUGUGCCCCCCGCCACCUGCCUUCCUGCUGGGCCUGUGGACAACGCUGUCUGUGUUCUGCUGAGAAUGCCGUGGAGUAUGGCACAUGCUUGUGCUGCGUUAAAGGUUUAUUCUAUCACUGCUCUGCCCAGGAUGAUGAAGAUAACUGUGCUGACCAGCCAUGUUCCUGUGCUCCAGCCCACGCCUGUGCCCGCUGGAGCGCAAUGGGACUGCUGGCGCUGUGUCUGCCCUGCCUUUGCUGCUACCCCCCUGCCAGGCUGUGCCUUGCUCUUUGCCGGUGUGCCCACGACCGGGCUGUGCGGCCCGGCUGCAGGUGCAGCAACACCAACACUGUGUGCCGCAAGAUUUCCAAUUCCAACCCCAAUCCUUGCCAUCCGUCGCUCCGCAGCAAAGCUCUGGAGAAACCGUUAUGACAGGCUUGAAUGAGGGCCAAGUAAAUUUGUUUCCCCUCAGAUGUGGCCAAAAGCAAUGCUGUCGCCAAUCAACAGCCCCUCAGCUGGUAUUGUGAUGACAGUGCCAUUGUGACCCAACUACCUACUUAUGACAAGCCAACUAACCAACCAUGUUGUUCACCUAAUGUACCUUUACUUCUCCAGCUCAGGAGGGACCAAAGCUUUACUGUGCCUGCUCAUGUUGGAGAAUUAAUGCCUAUAACAAAAACUCUUCUUGAAGAAUAAGAAGCUGUUGUGCUUUGCUGGCCCAACCCUUCAACCCUCAGCAAGACAUCUAGACAAAACAAAAACAAAAAAACAAACAAAA